AUGGGGAAAGGGCAGCUGCUGCAGUUGAUUCUUCUCCACACAGCCUGGGAAAUGGGGAGCGGCCAGCUCCAUUAUACUGUGCCUGAGGAAUCCCAGCACGGCACUUUUGUGGGCCGCAUCGCCCAGGAUCUGGGACUGGAGGUGGGAGAGCUGUUGCCUCGGAUGUUCCGGGUGGAAUCCCAAGGUGAUGGGGACUAUUUCAAGGUAAAUGAGCAGAAUGGGAUCUUGUUUGUGAAUUCUCGGGUGGAUAGAGAGGAACUGUGUGGCAAGAGCCCUUUGUGCUCCAUUCAUUUGGAGGUGAUUGUGGAUAAACCCCUGAGCAUCUUCCAUGUAGAAGUGGAAGUCAAGGAUAUAAAUGACAAUGCCCCUAUUUUCUCAGCUAGCAAACAGUCUCUCAGUGUUGCAGAAUCAAUGUUGCCAAGUACACGCUUCCCUCUGAAAGCAGCCUCUGAUGCAGACAUAGGUUCUAAUGCCCAACUCAAGUACAAGCUCAAUUCCACUGACUAUUUUGUUGUUGAAGAGAAAACAAAUGACCAGCACAGUAUAUCAUUGGUGCUUGUCUUAAAUAAGCCUCUGGACAGAGAGAAAAUAUCUGUGCAUAAUGUAUUACUUACAGCCACUGAUGCGGGUCACCCGGAACUCACAGGCACGGUUCAUCUUGAGAUCACUGUGAUGGAUGCAAACGAUAAUGCACCAGUAUUUAAUCAGUCAGUCUAUAGGGUGAAAUUAUUGGAAAAUGUGACAGAUGGAACAUUGGUUAUUCAGCCCACUGCAGUGGACUUAGAUGAGGGAACAAAUAAGGAAAUCUCCUACUCCUUCAGUAACAGUGUUUCUUCCAAUUUAUUUACUAUACAUUCUGAUACAGGUGAGAUCAGGGUGAAAGGGAAAGUAGACUUUGAAGACACUAGUGUGUAUAAUAUUGAAAUUGAAGCAAAAGAUAAAGGUAGUCCUCCUUUGUCUGGACACUGCACUAUUCUUAUUGAAAUUUUAGACAUAAAUGACAAUGCUCCUGAGAUGUCAUUGAAGCCCAUGUUGGUGCCAGUCCCAGAGGACUCCUCACCAGGGGUAGUGGUGGCUCUAAUCAGCAUCAUAGACAGAGAUUCUGGGGUCAAUGGGCAAGUGAGCUGUUCCCUGUUGCCCACUGGGCUUCCAUUCAAGCUGGUGUCAACCUUCAAAAAUUACUAUUCACUGGUGCUGGCUGAGCCUGUAGAUCGCGAACAGGUGGCUGAGUUUAGCCUGGUGGUGCUGGCCAAAGACCAAGGGGCUCCAUCACUGUCAGCAAGCAGCAGCUUAGUGGUGCCCAUCAGUGAUGUGAAUGACAAUGCACCUGCUUUUGCACAGCCCUCCUACACAGUCUUUGUUAAGGAGAACAACCCACCUGGUGCUCACAUCUUCACAAUGUCUGCCUCGGACCCGGAUAUGGCUGAGAAUGCCCUGAUCAGCUACUGGAUAGAUGAGAAACUCUGGCCACUGUCAAGCUACAUCUCAGUGCACUCAGAGAGUGGGAAAGUCUAUGCCCUGCAGCCUUUGGACUAUGAGGAACUAAAGUUGCUGGAGUUCCAAGUGAGCGCCAAGGAUGCUGGGCUACCCUCCUUGUGCAGCAAUGUGACGGUGCAAGUCUUUGUGGUGGAUGAGAAUGACAAUGCCCCAACACUGACUGGGCCAGAGGAAGGCUCCAUCCUUUUGGUAGUUCCUGCCAUGGCUGGAUACAUGGUGGGCAAGAUCCAUGCUCUGGAUGCUGAUUCAGGCUACAAUGCAUGGCUGCGUUAUGAACUUCAUGAGUUGACCAGUGGGCCCUGGAGAGUGGGGCUGUACAGUGGUGAGAUCAUUACAACACGUGCUUUGGAUGAAGCAGAGGGCAGUAGCAGUCAGAACCUGCUGGUGCUGGUGAAGGACCAUGGCAAGCCACCACGGUCAGUUACAACCACACUGAGUGUGUCACUGGUGGUCAACACACAAGUGGUCCAUGUUGAUGCUGGUCUUCCCAGGAUGGGAGGUAGCCCAAGGCCACUGGUUGACAAAGUCAAUGUCUACCUAAUCAUCGCUAUCUGUUCAGUGUCCAGUUUGUUCCUGCUUGCAAUCAUCUUGUAUGUGGCCCAGCGAUGCCAGUGUCAGCCCAAGCAGGCCAUUGUGUAUGGUCCUGGCACAGCCACACUGGUAUGUGCCAGUGAAGUGGGCAGCUGGUCAUAUUCGAAUCGCCACAGCCACAUCCUGGCAGGAGUGAGUGGGGAGGCUGGUGCUAAGAAUGAUCUCAUGGUUUUCAGCCCCAACAUACCUGUCUUUUCGGAGAAUGGGGAGGUGGGGAAUAUGAAGGAGCUUGCCCCAGAUUCAUCUGUACAGGUGAGUCACUAA